GAGCAGGCUUUUCGUGUAAAUUCCACAAUUCCACAAACCCUGUAAAACAGACAACCGGUCAACAUUCAGUCGAACAAUUUGAAGCAAAAAAUAGGAAAAACCAACGAAAAAUGUUCCAAAUCGUUUGUUACAUUUGCCUGUUUCUCCUGCUGCAUGAUUUGGACUUUUCCAAUGCUGAGCCCUACAACAAACAACUGACCAUUUUUGUCGAGGCUGGGCAUCAGGAAUGCUUUUAUCAGCCAAUUACCUCUACCGAGAACAUUAAAAUCGAUUAUCAGGUGAUAUAUGGUGGUCUCGGAGAGACUCAUAUCAAUUUUAAUCUUAUGGAUUCGAGUCGUCGUCUUCUGAUCAAUGAAAUAAAACAGGAAAAGGGAAAAUGCGAUCUGGUGGCCAAUGAAACUGGGACCUAUAAGACAUGUUUUGAUAACACUAUUAGCACCUUCAAUCAAAAGAUUGUUGCGUUCACCCUGGAAGUGAGACCUGCUGACCGAGAGGAGCGGGAGUUUCGAGAUAUGCACCGGGAAAUGUUAACAGAUUACCAAUUUGAUAUGGCUUAUACCGCUAUCAAUAAUUACAUGGGUAAGAUCCAUGUAAAUCUUAUGAGAAUCGGGCAAACUCAGCAUUUCAUUAAAGCAAUCGAGGCCAGGGACCGCAAUUUGGCCGAAUCCACUUUCGCCAGGGUUAACAAGUGGUCUUGGGCCAACUUAUUGGCGAUGAUAUUCGUUGGCUUCCUUCAGGUGUUGAUGGUUAGAAGUAUUUUUCAUACACACGGCACCUUUUACAAGUUUUGGAAAAGCUUUUAAAGUUUUUCAGUAGUCUUUGGAAAUAUUUUUGAAUGAAUAAAAUAUAAACUAUAUUUGUAAAGGUAAUUAGGAAAUAGGAAAUUAAACCGCUAAAAUCC